GGGGGCGCUGCGGGAGCGCUCGCGCCGCCCCCUGUUGCGCUCGAACUCUCGCGCCUGCCGUCCCGGGCCCCGUCGCCACGCACCGAUUUCCGUAUCCGGCUCUGGGCGCUUCCGGUCCUAGCGGGGCCAGUUUAGGAGGUUGUACUACAGACCUCCACAUGUUGGACAAUGGGAUUCAGCAGAAAAUGAGUCCCCCAUCCUCUUUUUAUCUGUAAGUCACUCAACUGCUCUUCCACCACCCACUGUCCACAUGUCUACCUUACUGCUCAAUCUGGACUUUGGGGAACCUCCUCCCAAAAAGACAUUAGAAGGAAAUGCCAAGCACCGAAAUUUUGUCAAGAAGCGGCGGCUCUUGGAACGGAGAGGCUUUCUGAAUAAAAAGAACCAGCCCCCUAGCAAGGCACCUAAAUUUCACUCAGAACCUCCAAAGAAAGGAGAAUCUCUUAGGGAGGAUGGCACUUGGAAGAUUCCAACCUUCCCCAAAAGGAAGAAGACAGCUGCCUCCAGCAGUGGGUCAGAACAGCCUGGGGACAAGAAAGCUUCAGUGUCUUGGCUGACCCCUGCCCCUUCCAAGAAGGCUGAUUCUGUUGUAGCUAACGUAGAUUUGCUGGGGGAGUUCCAGAGUGCCCUUCCAAAGAUCAAGAGCCCCCCAUCCAGCUCCCAGAAGAAGGGGCCUCAGAAGAAACCCUUUCAGAAGAACCCUCCUCAGAAAAAUACUCCACAAAACUCCACUCAAGCUCAUUCAGAGAAUAAAUGCUUUGGAACAUCCCAGAAGUUGCCAAAAAAGAUGGUGGCAAUUGACUGUGAGAUGGUGGGCACAGGACCCAAAGGGCAUGUUAGUUCCUUAGCUCGAUGUAGCAUUGUCAGCUACAAUGGAGAUGUGGUUUAUGAUGAGUACAUCCUUCCCCCCUGCCACAUUGUGGACUACCGGACUAGAUGGAGUGGUAUCCGGAAACAACACAUGGUGAACGCCACACCCUUCAAGAUUGCUCGAGGCCAGAUCUUGAAGAUACUCACAGGGAAGAUAGUGGUGGGGCAUGCCAUUCACAACGACUUCAAAGCCCUUCAGUACUUUCACCCCAAGUCCCUCACCCGUGACACCUCCCAUAUCCCCCUUCUCAACCAGAAGGCGGACUGCCCAGAGAAUGCCACCAUGUCUCUGAAGAGUCUCACCAAGAAGCUGCUGAACCGGGAUAUCCAGGUUGGGAAAAGCGGACAUUCGUCUGUGGAAGAUGCCCAGGCCACCAUGGAGCUGUACAAAUUGGUUGAGGUCGAGUGGGAACAGCAUCUGGCCCAGAAUCCCCCAAAAGACUAGCAGCAGUGGGGACACUGGUGAUGUGGGCAGGCAGAGGCAGCAGCCAGGAGAAACAGGGCUGUGGACCAAUGGACAGCUCUACUAGCUCCACAUCUUUGGAAGCUGGAAUUGUUGGGGAGAGACAAGCUCUACCCUAGCUUAAUAUCCAUUGAAAUUUCACCUCAGG